CUGGGGAAGGAGAGGUUCCACAAAUCCCAACACUUUUCCCUUGUUGAGGGCUUGCCCAAGUUGGUGGGGCUGGAGAAGCCAGGGAUUGGCGGAGAGCCUUUACCGGGCCAGAAGAUGAGAGCCCGUUCUGUGUAUCCCAGAACAGAAGGCACUCACGUCCCGUCAUGGUUGGCCUUUGACAAACAGGUUCUUUGUUUUGAGGCUUACUUUCGGGAGGACGAGCCUUACCAAAUUAGAAAGUGUAAAAUCUACUUCUAUCCAGAAGAUGAUACCAUCAAGGUGGUGGAGCCAGUGUGCAAGAACAGCGGCAUGCCUCAAGGAACACUCAUUCAUCGCCACCGCAUCCCCCUCCCUCCUCCAAACGACGACCAGUUCUACCAAGUGUUCCACUUCAACAUCAACCAGCAGGUGGUGCUCUACUGUCGGACCUUCACCCUGACCGACUGUGACCCCUUCACCAGGAGGUUCCUCACCAGGCUUGGGGUGCGGCUGAAUAAUCCUGCUCCACUUCCAGAUGACUUGUACAGCCGACAGCGAGAACAGAAGGUAAUGAGCCCACUCCACCCAUAUGAGAAGAGCAACAAGCUGAGGCAGUUCCUGGACCAUGACCAUCAAGUCCUUCGCUUUUACUGCUUCUGGAAUGACCAAGAAGACCCAUCUGCGGAGCCACGAGAACUCGUUCUGCACUACUUCCUGCUGGAUGACACCAUUCAGAUCCACGAGGUGACUUCCUCGACAAAGGCUGGCAGAAAAUCUGCUGCCAAGUUCCUGCAGCGCAGAAAACUGCCUAAGAAUCCUCCAGCUCAGGUGGAGCAGCUGGGAGGAGACACAGAAUCCAUAUUGCUCAACGUUCUGACCUCAGACGGUCUGGGGAAUCGCUUCAUGGCGGACAGGCUUCAAACUGGAGCUGUAAAGCAGGACUUUUAUAAGGACUGCGACCUCCGUAUCGGUGGUGAAGUGAAUGUGUGGGGCAGAAGAGUUAUCAUCGCUGACUGUGAUGAAUUCACCAAACAAUACUAUCGCUCCAGAUACGGCAUGGAGGACUUCACCCCAGUCCAGUACAAAAUGCCCCCUACCCCCAAGCCAGCAAAGACUUUACCCCCCUACAAUGGCUUCGGCUCAGAGGAAGACUCCCUGAGCUCCUGCUACGGCAUACAGCUGCGACGCCCCAAGAAAAAUCUGCAAACCUUUUUGGAAAAAGACAGCAUUGUCCUGACGUUCCAAGCCAAGAUGAUGAGCGAUGACGCCGAUGAAAGGAAGAGGACAUUCGUCAUCUCCUUCUACCUCUGCGAUGAUACCAUGAGUGUUUACGAACUCUCCAAGAAGAACUCAGGUAUGCUUGGGCGGAAGUUUCUGAGACGUGGUGACGUGAAGAAGCCAGGCCAGGAGCUGUUUAAGAGCAAACCGUCUGAGCGCUACACGGCCCAGGAUCUGUACGUCGGAGCGGCGCUCCACAUCAGCGGGCACACCUUCAUGCUGGUGAAUGCUGAUGAAUACACACUGAAGUACAUGGAGCAGCACGCAGAGGAGUUUUCCAAGGCAAACACAGGCAACAUCCUCAGCAAGCUGCGCUCCGUCCCCGAGGACAAGAAAAGUGAAAUCAAGAAGUUUCUGACUCUCAGUGACCCAAACAACACAGGCCUCAUCUCCUAUGAGUCAUUCAGGAAUAUGCUGAUGAAUCUGGACUGUGGUCUCGUGGACCAUGAGGUGCUGGUUCUGGGCAGAGCUUUCUCAGAGCAACAGCAGUCGGAGGAGGAGGACGUGGUCGUGAUGUUGGCCGUGGCUCAGGACGCUCUCAGGAGAAAGCUUUACGAUGACUUCCACAGCCUGACCCUGGCUUUUCUAAAGCAGGACCCACACAAAAACGGGCGUGUUCCCAGGAAAAUGGCCUGGAACAUUUGUGAAUCUGCUCGUCUCCCCAUUUCUGAGAACCUGUUGAGAUCUCUGCUCACCAAGUUUGAGGAUGCUGAUGGCAUUGACUAUCAGGCCUUCCUGGCUGGUCUUAACUGGGUUGAACAUCCGGCUUCCCCAGUGAAGUACGAGGACAUCUUAAGGUUUGAGGUGAACGCGAGGGUUGAUGCUGGUGAAGCUGUAAGAAGAAAUGUCAAUUACUCUGCCCUUCUUCAGGACGUCUUCAACCUGUCCUCCAGCAGCAGAGACCCAGAAUGAUUCUCUCUCCUUCAACCAAAACACCAGAUAAUCCGAAUGGAAAUGUUUGUUUUCCUGAUGUUAAAAGAACUGUACAGCUGUUAUGGAGCUGAAGCAGAUUCAAUAAUGAAUCAUAAUAAACCUUUCGGUGUUCUAAAUCAA